UUUUCUGGGGUGAAGACACCCAUUCCAGGAUAAAUCCGAGGUAAAAACUUUGCUUGUUGUUUUUCUGUAAAAAUGUAAAUAACUUCCCAAUUUCUACCCCACGUGGUCCCUUAGCAGAGGAAGUUCAUCAAACUUAAUAAAGCAGAGCAAAGCAAGGGGAAUACUCAUUGUUAAUAAAAGCCUCUCUGCAGACAGAAGACGUAGUGCAGCAGUUCAGCUACAACUGAUAGAAUGAGAGCCAGUAGAGCAGAGCACAGGUUGGCUAUGGGCGACAUACACAGAUGCUGGAACAAAACGUCAUCUCUUUUGUGUCCUCCAACAAGAUGUAUCUCAUCACUGCCAGCCCUUUAAGCUGAGCCCCUCCUCCUGGAUUGCUGCAUAGAGCUUGUCUCAGGGUCCAGCCAGUUCUGGACAUUUCAUUCCUGCCUAUUUCCCUGCAAUAACCAGCAGCUCCCCCCUCUUCCUAUCCCGAGAGAUUGGAUUGCUCCUGAGCCAGGGGCAUCUCUCCCCUGAGCUGCUACAGACAUCAGUGGGUGUAAAGCUGCCGCUGGCACCAUGGUGUCCUGGAUCAUCUCCCGGCUGGUAGUGUUGAUUUUUGGCACAUUGUAUCCAGCGUAUUCAUCAUACAAAGCAGUCAAGACAAAAAAUGUUAAAGAAUAUGUAAAAUGGAUGAUGUACUGGAUUGUGUUUGCUUUUUUUUCGACGGCCGAAACUCUUACUGAUAUUAUCCUCUCCUGGUUUCCAUUCUAUUUCGAGUUGAAAAUUGCAUUUGUGAUUUGGCUUCUCUCGCCUUACACAAAAGGCUCCAGUGUACUGUACAGGAAGUUUGUCCACCCAGCAUUGUCCAGCAAAGAAAAGGAAAUUGAUGAAUAUAUCGCUCAGGCGAGUGACAAGAGCUAUGAAACCAUGAUGCGGUUUGGAAAAAGAGGUUUGAACAUUGCUGCAAAUGCUGCCGUAACAGCUGCUACCAAGGGUCAAGGGGUCCUCUCGGAAAAGUUACGCAGCUUCAGCAUGCAGGACCUGACGUUGAUUCAGGAUGAUGACGCUGCUCAUUUACAGAGUCCGGAGCCUCGCGUCCGUAGCGCUUCCACUGGCUUGGUAGAAACCAUUGCUGAUUCAGUGCCGACAAUGUGUGCAGCUGGUGAGGAUCAGCACCAUGCUGUGAAGUCAGACGGAGAUCAGCCAGAUGUUAAACCUGAACAGUCAGAUGAAGAUGCCAUUGAGAAAGUACCAAAACGCACAGCCAGCAUCAAAAGUGUUAAAAAGGUGACAAAAGUGGAGGCACAGCCAAAGAACACAAAAGCACGGCCCAAGAAGAAAACCACAGGGUCUAGUGUUUCUGGGGAGUCAGCAUGAACAUUGUGUCUGUCUGUCCAGAACUCGCCUUCUGCUGGAGCCUCUUCCAAGGACCAGGUGUAACAGAACUGCUUUUAGGGUCACUCCACAAUUGGGAUGAUCACGACCUGCAAGAAAACUCCAUUUGUUAAGUAUAAAUAUAUUUUACAAAGCUGCAUUGAGAUUUAUAUCUCACAUCCAAGCUGUGCUGGAAACCACUGACUGCGGUGGCUUGACAAGACCUUUGCAAAAUAUUUUGUUAUGAGAGCAAUUCUUUCUCUUCAACGGAAGAACAAAAAUCCACUUGAUGGAUCAAUUAUCUGGGGCUACUGGGGCAGAUAUGUGAACUUGCCAAGUGUUAAAUCAGAUGCUGGGACAGUCAACAACUUCAGUGAUCAAGGUGGUGUAUAGUGGUGGGCAUCCAUAUGCAAUUGUAUUCUGGGGGAUCUUAAACUUCUACUUAAUAGAACAAUACACACAGAGCAGUUACACACAUAUGCACAUUCAGUUUCAGCCAAUAGUGUUUAGGAUACCAGUGAAUGCUUGUUAAAAGGUGGGUCAUAGGGCCAUAUGCAGGGGGAAAUGUUUAAACAAAAACUUAAUGGAAAUUAAAUGAUGUAAGGUGAUUGAUUUUCUUAUAGCAGAAUACAAAUGGUCAGGCCGUAUUGGUUAAUGGAGGUAUUAAUGCAUAGAGAUUUGGGGGUAAAUUUAGUAAGCGGCGAAAAUUUGUUCAGAUAACGUUAAUUUACUAAAAUGCAAAGUUGCGUCCAGGGCGCUGAACGCUGGCGAAUUUUCGCUAGGUUUACUUCGACAAUCAAAACGAAGACGCGCUAGCGUUCAAUUAUGCCUAGUGCAACUUCGUUAGAGGUCUUCGUUCAGGCUAAUUUGCAUACAGCGGGAAA